GGGGUAGUAGAUGUUUGUUUGAAUAAUACCUGGUUCACAAUAUGUGAUAGUAAUUGGACAAAGAAAGAAGCUAUUGUAGUUUGCUCUCAGUUGGGAUAUUCACCAUAUGGUGCAUGGUCUGGUAGCAAUCAAUACAUCGGGAUUCAGACAUAUUGGCCACUAGGGCUUUAUGCAGUGUCUUGCAAUGGGAAUGAAACUAGUAUUUGGGAUUGCUUGUAUUCCUUAAGUAAUACAGCUGGGUAUAGUUGUUCACAGUCAACAAAAGCUGUCAUCAAAUGCCAAUCCAUAACAACUCAGUUUGUUAAUUGCACUGAUGGUGAUGUAAGACUUGUUGGUGGACAGACAGAGAAUCAAGGAAGUGUACAAAUUUGUUACAACAAUGCCUGGACAUAUCUAUGUAGUGGAUGGUAUUGGGGCACUACUGAAGCAAACACAGUCUGCAGUCAACUUGGAGGAUUUUAUUCUUAUAGGUCUGUGGCAUAUAGAUACAAUCAUUUUAAUACUCCCCAGAAUUCGCCAUUUGUUUAUGGGUAUUUUGAUUGUUCUGGCUCUGAAACAAGACUUGUGGAUUGUUACAUGCAUUCCUACUAUUUGAGGUAUUGCUACUCAUACUAUAUAGCUGGUGUUACUUGUCGAGAUAUUAAUGAAUGUCAGCAAGGUACAUCAGGAUGCUCUCAUAUAUGCACUAACACUGUUGGCAGUUACAAGUGUAGCUGCUAUUCUGGAUAUCAGCUGAGCAAUGAUAGUCACACAUGUAUAGACAUUGAUGAGUGUACUGAGGGACUUAGUGGCUGUAGUCAAACUUGUUCUAAUACCAUUGGAAGUUAUACUUGCAUUUGUACAACUGGUUAUAUAUUGAGUGGUGAUAGUCAUUCUUGCAUGGACAUUAAUGAAUGUAACACUGAUAAUGGCCAAUGUAGCAGUUUAUGUACUAAUACUAUUGGUAGCUAUAUUUGUUCUUGUGAAUCUGGUUAUAUAUUGGAAGAGGAUGAACAUAACUGCACAGAUAUCAAUGAGUGUCUCACUGAUAAUGGUGGCUGCAAUUAUACCUGUACAAAUAUACCAGGAAGUUACCUAUGUGACUGUAGUACUGGCUAUGACUUUGAUCCCAUUAAAUUAAACUGCACAGAUAUUAAUGAAUGCGCUACUGAAAAUGGUGGCUGUGAACAUUCAUGUACAAACACAAUUGGGAGCUUUUACUGUACUUGUAGUUCUGGUUUUCAACUAAAGAAUGGUGUAUUUUGCUCUGAUAUCAAUGAAUGUUCACAAGGAAUAUCAGGAUGUGGCCAGCAGUGUAUCAAUGUUGUUGGAAGCUAUGAGUGUGAUUGUAAUGCUGGAUACUACUUAGCAUCUAAUAAUCACUCUUGUUUAGAUGUUGAUGAGUGUUUAGGAGCAAGUGGUUGCAAUCAGAUAUGUAUAAAUACAGUUGGAAGCUAUUACUGUGACUGUCAAUCUGGAUAUGUCCUUAGCAAUGAUCUUCUUAGCUGCAAUGAUAUUAAUGAGUGUAAUAAUUCUAGUGGAGGAUGUGCUCAAAUAUGCCAAAACACAGAAGGGUCUUAUGAUUGUUCAUGUCAUGAUGGAUACAGUUUAAAUGCUGAUAAACAUAAUUGCUCAGACAUUGAUGAAUGUGGCAACAAUAAUGGAGCCUGUGAACAGGUCUGUACAAAUACUAUUGGAAAUUACUCUUGCUUGUGUAAUUCUGGCUUCACAAUUUUGAAUAGACAAUUCUGUUCAGAUAUUAAUGAGUGUAGUGACAAUAAUGGUGGUUGUCAACAGACAUGUCACAACACUGCUGGAAGCUAUUAUCGUCUGUGUGGUACUGGAUUUACUUUAGAUGCAAUCAGCAAUUGUACAGAUAUCAAUGAAUGUAGCAUUAACAAUGGAGGAUGUGAGCAACAGUGUACCAAUACAGUUGGUAGCUAUUAUUGUGCAUGUAAUAGCAGUUACACACUUAAUGUUGACAAUCAUAUGUGUGACGAUAUUGAUGAAUGUGUCUAUGGCACUCAUGGUUGUAAUCAGAACUGUACAAAUACCAAUGGGUCUUAUCUUUGCUUCUGUAUGACUGGUUAUCAUCUUAUGGACAAUCACAAAAUAUGUGCUGAUACAAAUGAGUGUCUGUUGAGUAAUGGUGGCUGUUCUCAGUUGUGUGUUAAUACUAUUGGAAGUUAUCAGUGUAACUGUAGAAAUGGAUAUCAACUGAUUAAUGAUGGAUAUGAUUGUGCUGAUAUUAAUGAGUGUACAAAUGGUACUAAUCUAUGUGAACACAACUGUUAUAACACUAAUGGUAGUUAUGUCUGUGAUUGUCAACCAGGCUAUCAAUUAUCAAAUGGAUUGACUUGUUCUGAUAUCAAUGAAUGUGACACUAACAAUGGGGGAUGUGCUCAAGUGUGUGUCAAUCAAGUUGGAUCAUAUUAUUGUCAAUGUAACAAUGGUUAUACUCUUGAUGAUGAUUCUCAUGGAUGCUCUGAUCAUAAUGAAUGCAUAAAUGGUGUUCAUGCUUGUGAGCAAAUCUGUCACAAUUCUAAUAGUUCUUACACCUGUUCAUGUUUGUCAGGAUACAGGCUAGCUGAUAAUAAUAAAACUUGUGAUG